AUGCCAUACCCCCAACGGCAUCCACGUCAGUUCGACGUUUGCAAUUUUAUCGACGGCGAGGCGAGGGAAAGCGCCGCGACGAGCUGGAUCGACAUCAACAGCCCGGCCAAUCAAGCUCCCGUGUGCAGGGUGCCCCGUAGCACCAGUGCGGAGAUGGAGGCUGCGGUUUCGUCGGCAAAGGAGGCGUUUUCUUCGUGGAGAGAUGUGCCCGUUCAGCACCGAUCACGAGUGAUGUUCAAGCUCCAGGGGCUGAUAAGGGAAAGAACGGAGGAACUCGCUGCUAGCAUCACGUUGGAGCAAGGGAAAACUCUAGCCGACGCGCGGGGCGACGUGUUUCGAGGGCUGGAGGUGGUGGAGCAAGCGUGCGGGGUCGGGGCGGCCAUGAUGGGAGAGACCCUCGGCGGGGUGGCGGCGGGGAUGGACACGUACUCGUACCGCGAGCCGAUAGGCGUCUGCGCCGGAAUCUGUCCUUUCAAUUUCCCGGCGAUGAUCCCGUUGUGGAUGUUCCCUCUCGCGAUAGCCGCCGGAAACACGUUCGUGAUGAAACCGUCAGAGAAGUGUCCCGGGGCAGCGAUGAAGCUCGCUUCGAUGGCUUCGGAGGCUGGCCUACCGGACGGCGUUUUGAAUGUGAUCCACGGGGGUCACGAGGCCGUCGACUUCGUCUGCGACUCCCCGGACAUCAAAGCCAUCUCCUUUGUGGGGGGGAAUCAGGCUGGGGAGCACAUCUUCGCUAGGGGCACCGCCGCGGGAAAGCGGGUCCAGUCCAACAUGGGGGCGAAGAACCACGUCGUCGUGCUACCCGACGCGGAAAGAGACGCCGCCGUGAGCGCGGUAAUCGGGGCGUCGUUCGGGGCGGCGGGGCAGCGGUGCAUGGCCCUCUCCGUCGCCGUGCUGGUGGGCGAAGCCGGAGGCUGGGCCCAAGACAUCGUGCGGGGUGCGUCGGCGCUGAAAGUUGGUCCCGGAUGGAAGGAAGGUGUGGAUGUGGGCCCGAUGAUAACCAGGGAGGCGAGGGAGAGGGCCGAGCGCCUUGUACAGGAAUCGCAAGAUGCUGGCGCGGACGUUGUGCUUGACGGAAGGGGCGUCGCGGUAGACGGGUACGAGAGCGGGAACUUCGUUGGUCCAACCAUCCUCUCCGGGAAACAGGUCGGGCCAGGCAUGUCGGCGUACGACUCAGAGGUGUUCGGGCCGGUCUUGUGCCUGGUGACGGUGGGCACCCUCGAGGAGGCCGUCGGGCUGGUUAACUCCUGCAGCUACGGCAACGGAACGUCGAUCUUCACGAGAUCGGGGGCAGCAGCAAGGAGAUUCCAACGCGAGAUUCACGCCGGCCAGGUGGGGAUCAACGUCCCGGUGCCCGUACCGCUGCCUUUCUUUAGCUUCACCGGGUCCGGUGCUUCGUUCCGCGGCGACAUCAACUUCUACGGAAAACAGGCAAGGAUGGAGUACAGAUGGAGUGAAAUUCAACACGAUCUUGUAGCUACAAUAACGGGAGGGAUUAGAAAAGCCCUUUCAUGA